AUGAGGUGCAUUUUUUAUCUGAGGUGCAAGCGAUGCAUUUUUGAUCAAUUGUGCUGCAUGCAAUGCAUUGCUUGCUUGUGCCAUCCCAGUAUUCAGUGCUUAUGCAUAGUAUUUGGGCACACGACCACCAAUAAGGUAAUAUCCACUCUCACAAGUUAUACAAUUCAUUGUACCAGAAUUAAGUACAAUACAGUUUGAUUUUCAAUCAAGGGUGCAUUGGGAAUUGUGAUUUAA